ACUAUUGCAUCUUUAAUAUCGAUCAAAUGUGUUCUGAUAACCUCCAUCGGAUUCCAGGAGGUUGUGCAGUUCAUGUCGUAUAAGAUUUCCACCAGUAGGUGGCGACAUACACUUUUGUCCAGAGCGCGUGGCAUCAGCUCGAGGGGUUGUCUGUAAUAUGCGGUGUGUGUGUGCGUGCACGCAGUUUCGGCUUGUACACUGGAGCGUGCAUGUGGGGAGUGCAAGGAAAGUCCAGUUUCUGAACGAAGGAGGAGGAGAAGAAGAGAGAAAGGGAUAACAGAGUGAGAGAGAGCGCGAGAGCAAGGGAGCAAACACGCGCGCGCGCAAAGAGCUCGUGCGGUUUCCAGUCCAGGGUUUUUUUUAUUUGCGCUUUUGAACCGAUCUGCAGCGGAUGUACAGGCAUGACUCCGGAGCACGAGAGCGGAGGAAGGUGGUGGACGAGGCGGACAGCACAGAGACUGGCAUCACGAGGAUGCCAACCACACCAGCGCUGCUUUGUGCACUGCUUCAUGAUUGUACUGAGCGGCUUCAUGGCGCGCGCUGCUGCCGGGGCUGAAGUUCUUUCUGAGCCGAACGUGGUGACUGCCUCGAGUUGGAAUGUUUCCAGGGAAGCACAGAAAGACCACUUCCUCAGACUUGAUGCUCCCAUGAACAACAUCACUACAUCCCUGGGCCAGACUGCCGAACUGCACUGCCAUGUGUCGGGAAAUCCGGUGCCCAGCGUGCGCUGGCUGAAAAAUGAUGCUCCGGUGACCCCAGAGGCACGACGUGUUUCCUACAGACAGACUCCAUACGGCUCUCGACUUCGCAUUCGCAACCUGGACACCACUGACACCGGCUAUUUCCAGUGUGUGGCUACCAACAGCUAUGGCACCGUCUCAACCACGGGAAUCCUCUUUGUGAAAUUUGAUCCGCUGCCAACCCCCCAGUCUGGAAAGCCUUCACCUGAAGACUUUGACGAAGAAGGCUUCUGCCAGCCAUACAGAGGUAUAGCCUGCGCUCGCUUCAUCGGGAACCGGAGCAUCUUUGUGGACUCACUGCAAAUGCAGGGCGAGAUCGAAACUCAAAUAACCGCUGCGUUCACUAUGAUUGGCACAUCGAACCACCUCUCAGAUCGCUGCUCUCAGUUUGCCAUCCCCUCGCUCUGCCACUUCGCCUUCCCCACAUGUGACCGAAGCUCUGGCAUCGAUAAACCGCGAGACCUGUGCAAGGAUGAGUGUGAGAUCCUGGAGAACGACCUGUGUAAGACGGAGUACAUCAUCGCUCGCUCCAACCCCAUCAUCCUCAAACGACUCAAACUGCCCAACUGUGAUGACCUGGCUGCUUCAGACAGCCCCGAGGCGACCAACUGCAUGAGGAUAGGCAUCCCGAUGGGCGAGUCCAUCAACAAAAAUCACAAGUGCUUUAACAGCACCGGUUCCGAUUAUCGGGGCACCACCAGUAUGACGAGGUCAGGCCGCCAGUGCCAGCCGUGGAACUCGCAGUAUCCACACAGCCACACUUACCUCGCUGUGCGCUAUCCAGAGCUAAACGGCGGCCACUCGUACUGCCGUAACCCAGGCAGCAAGCAGGAGGCGCCCUGGUGCUUCACUCUGGAUGAGAGAGUUCGCAUGGAGAUGUGUGACAUCCCUGCCUGUGACCCUGAGAAGCGUGGAGGAAGCAGUAUGGAGAUCCUCUACAUCCUGGUCCCCAGUGUUGCCAUCCCUCUAGCCAUCGCCUUGCUCUUCUUUUUUAUCUGCGUCUGCCGAAAUAACCAGAAAGCCUCGAGUCCACCCGCCCAGCGCCAGCCCAAACCUGUACGAGGCCAGAAUGUAGAGAUGUCUAUGCUGCCUGCGUACAAGCCCAAGACUAAAGCUAAAGAGCUGCCUCUGUCAGCUGUACGUUUCAUGGAGGAGCUGGGAGAAUGUGCCCUUGGUAAAAUAUACAAAGGCCACCUGUACCUGCCAGGGAUGGAGCAUGCUCAGCUUGUGGCCAUCAAGACUCUAAAGGACUUCUCUAGCACACAGCAAUGGAAUGAAUUCCAGCAGGAGGCCUCUGUCUUGGCUGAGCUCCAUCAUCCCAAUGUUGUGUGCCUCCUGGGAGUGGUGACACAAGAGCAGCCCGUGUGCAUGCUCUUUGAGUUCCUGCCACUCGGAGAUCUCCAUGAGUUCCUGGUCAUGCGCUCGCCACACUCUGACGUCGGCUGCAGCAGUGAUGAGGACGGCACAGUUAAAUCCAGUCUGGACCAUGGAGACUUCCUGCAUGUUGCAAUGCAGGUAGCAGCUGGAAUGGAGUACCUGGCCAGCCAUUUUUUCGUCCACAAAGACCUGGCAGCAAGAAACAUACUCGUAGGAGAACAGCUCCAUGUUAAAAUUUCAGACUUGGGACUGUCAAGGGAGAUUUACACUUCUGAUUACUAUCGUGUGCAGCCUAAAACCCUUCUUCCCAUUCGCUGGAUGCCUCCAGAAGCCAUCGCGUAUGGAAAGUUUACCACAGAAUCUGACAUCUGGGCUUUUGGAGUGGUUCUCUGGGAAAUCUUUAGCUUCGGCCUUCAACCAUACUAUGGCUUCAGCAACCAGGAAGUGAUUGAGAUGGUGCGCAAGAGGCAGCUGCUGCCUUGCCCAGACGACUGCCCACCACGCGUCUACACACUAAUGAACGAGUGCUGGCAGGAAGGACCUGCACGAAGACCCAGGUUUAAGGACAUUUAUUCUAGGCUGCGUGCCUGGGAAGGCUUGUCAUCCCACGCUAGCUCCAGCACACCAUCCGGAGGCAAUGCCACCACUCAGACCACCUCGCUCAGCGCCAGCCCUGUCAGCAACCUCAGCAGCCCACGCUACGCUGGAUACAUCUAUGGAGCUCCUCAGGGGAUAUCAGCAGGUCAGAUUGCCGGUUUUGUGGCAGCACCAAUGACACAAAACCAGCACUUCAUCCCUGUCAAUGGAUACGCCAUCCCUCCAGGCUACACUGCUUUCCCAGCUGCCCACUUUGCCUCAGCUCAGGCACCCACACGAGUGAUCCAGCACUGUCCUCCCCCUAAAAGUCGCUCCCCCAGCAGCGCCAGUGGCUCCACCAGCACGGGCCAUGUUACUAGCGUGCCGUCCACAGGCUCGAACCAUGAUGCAAACACACCACUUCUUUCACACUGCGUCACUCUGGCUCCUGUGGCCACAGUGCAGGGAGGUGCGGUGUCCAUGUUUGGACACAUGGCACAAAAAGGGCUGUCAAUGGACCCGGCUCAGGCAUCACUGUUAGCCGACUCCAACAGACUCAUGUACACCGAAUCGAUCAUCACCGCUGACUUGUGAAUAUAAUGAUUAUAAUUAUUGAUAUUUUUUAAACGUUUUCUUUCACUGUGUAAAUACCAACUAGCCGGAUUGGAAUGUAACAGAUUUAUCUACUAUGUUUUUGUAUAUGAAAAAUGAAAGAAAGGAAUAAAGGAAAACCUCCUCAUCUCCUCUUA